UUUAGCAAAAACCACCAAAACCUCCACCUCGUCGCCGUUGCCAGCUUCCCAUGCACCCACCUAGCCGAAUGCUAGCUUAUUGAGGUCGCCGUGGAGGUGGUAGUGGUGGUGGUGGUGGGGGCCCAUGGACGUCGGCGGGACCCCUCCGGCAGGCAAACGGAGGGUCAUGGUCAUCGCCGACCCUGGCCGGGAGUCGGCCGGAGCGCUCGAGUGGGCCCUCUAUCAUGCGGUGCUCGAGCACGACGAGAUCGUCCUCCUCCAUGUCGAGCCUCCCAACGGUCGGCGCGGCGCCUUCUCGACGUUCCUCCGACGGCCUUCUUCGGUGGCCCCCAGCUCCCCCGCCGGCUCUGCUGCCGGCUCCGCCGAGUGCGGCGGUGGGGACUACGAGUUCCUUGAUGCAAUGAGGGCGGCGUGCAAGGCAGCACAACCAAAGGUGAAGGUGCAGAUAGAGAGGGUGGAGACGGAGGCUAAGGAUAAGGCCACGACUAUUCUCAUGCAGGCUAAUUUGCUUAGGGUUGAUCUCCUCGUCAUUGGCCAGCGUCGCAACCAGUCAACUUUCUUGGGGUACAAGCUAGGGGGAAGGACUGGAAGCACGUCAAACAAAGGGAUGGACCCUGCGGAGUUCCUGAUCGAAAACAGCAAGUGCCUGUGCGUUGGAGUUCAAAAGAAGGGUCAAAACGCAGGCUACCUCCUAAACACCAAGACCCAUAAGAACUUCUGGCUUCUUGCUUAGAUGUAGCCCCUCUCUCUCUUGCCCCCCCUCCUUCUCUUUUAUUGGUUGAGAGCUGAAUGGUCUUUUGAUGGAAGAUCUGGUGCCCCUUGUCAGAGAACUGUACAUAUAUUUUGAUGGGCUUCUUUGAGUUAAGAAGACGACAAUAUAGGCGAAGGGGAAAAAAAGAAAAGAAAAAGGGAGAACCAUAAGAAACCUGGAGGUCUAGGGAGGCCAAGGUUUAAAUGUUGUUUCUGUCUAUCUCUGAAUUAUUUUCUUGUGAAAAUGCUAUCUUGUUUCUAUCUUUAUACCAGCGGUUGGCAUGUAAUCAGAAUAAUAUGUAUUUUUGUCGAUUAGUAUAUUAUUAUUAGUAUUCUUUUUCGACAUUGAAAUA